AUGGAGGACGACUCCCGGAGCAAUGGCAUGCUGCGUCCAUUCUCACAGCCAGCCCUGAACUCCAGAUUCCCCUCGCUACGACGACUCAAUUCCACCGAGCCCUACCGACACCGAUCCUUACCUGCCGAACCCUCACCUGGCUCCGACCGCGCCAGCAGUGAGAUUACCUUCGCUGUUCUUUAUGAUGAUGGCCCAGACUACCAUGUCGGCCAGUAUGACGACCAAGGUUCCAUGCGAUCUCAGCAAAACAGACCUGACUCCAUGGCCUCCUAUGCUCCAUCCUUCCGCACUCGAGACUCCAGGCUCGUGAGUGACGACCAUUACCUCGACCGUAACCAGGACUUUGUAGCAAACCAGAGAUUGCUCGCUGAAGGCUACCUCAACAACAAUGACUCCCUCUAUGACCAGUCUGUCCCUCGUUAUCCCACCCAAUCUGAAGAGACCUUGGCCAUGAACACUCUGUACAACUCCUAUCCUCGAGACGAGAAGCGUCCACUUAACCAGAUGAUGACCCCUCCCCUCGAGCGUCCUCACUCGAAACAUUCUCACGAAUCGUGGUGUACUUGUGAAGAAGACCACGGUCAUGGUCAUGGCCACGGGCCCAAUCCGCCUCAAACCUCCACAGACAGGAAAGACCCUUCCAAGUUUGAUCUUGAACGUCAAAAUGGGCCUGCUACGCCCACGCCCUUCCUUCCAAAAGAGAAACCUUCCGACCAGUACGAGGUCAAAUUCAACGGUCCGGAUGACCCACUCAAUCCCAAGAAUUGGCCCUCGAAAAAAAAGUGGGCUGUUACUGGUCUGACCGCAGCCUUCACCUUCUUGUCGCCCUUGGCGUCGUCCAUGGUCGCGCCUGCUAUUCCUCAGAUCAUGGAAGACUUCAAUAUCCCCCCUACCGACAGAAUUCAAGGACAGAUCGUCCUCUCUAUCUUCGUCUUGGCUUACGCCGUUGGCCCCAUGUUUUUGGGUCCUCUUUCCGAGCUGUAUGGUCGUGUCUUGAUUCUUCAGCUAUCCAAUAUAGUAUUUCUCGCCUUCAACAUUGCGUGCGGCUUUGCUCAAUCCAAAGAACAACUAAUGGCUUUCCGCUUCCUCUCUGGUCUAGGUGGUUCUGCUCCACUCGCCAUCGGAGGUGGCGUUCUGGGGGAUUUGUUCAAGCCUGAAGAACGCGGCAAGGCCAUGGGUAUCUAUGCCUUGGGUCCUCUACUCGGCCCUGCCAUUGGCCCCAUUGUCGGUGCUUGGGUGGCUGAGAAAUCUGACUGGCGAUGGAUGUUCCAUGCCUGCUCUAUCACCACCGUCUUCAUCCUGAUCUCCGGUUUCUGGAAGUUCAGCGAGACUUACGCACCAUAUAUUCUGCAUAAGAAGGCCAAGAUGAUUCGUAAGCAGACCGGUGAUACCCGUUACUGGGCCGACGGAGAAGGCGAAGUCGACCAGCCUGUCUGGAAGAAGGUUGUCAAAACCAUGGGCCGCGCAUUUGGCAUGUUGUUCACCCAGCCAAUCGUCCAGGUUAUGGCACUUUACAUGGCUUUCUCCUAUGGUGUCCUCUACCUCGCCCUAUCAACCUUUCCCUCGCUCUACCAGGGUGUUUACGGCCAAAGUGUUGGUAUCUCGGGUCUCAACUACAUUUCCCUCGGUCUCGGCUUCUUCAUUGGCGCCCCUGUCUGUGGAAAAUCCAGUGACAAGAUCUACCAAAAACUCAAGAAGAAGGAUCCUCGUGGUCAGGGAAAGCCUGAGUACCGUAUGCCUCUGGUCAUCCCUUUCUCCUUUUUGGUCCCCAUUGGCCUUUUGACCUACGGAUGGGCUGCUCAAGCCAAGACCCACUGGAUCGUCCCCAACAUCGGUUCCUUCAUCUUCGGUAUUGGUACCAUCGCCGCCUUUCAAUGUGUCACCAGCUACCUAGUCGAUACUUACGGCCGUAUGGCCGCUUCUGCUGUGGCCGCCGUCACUGUUCUGCGCUCUCUCGCUGGUUUUGGGUUCCCUCUGUUUGCCCCUUAUAUGUACGAGUCUCUCGAAUUUGGUUGGGGUAACACUGUUCUGGCUAUCGCUGCCAUUGGGAUCGGUGUUCCUACACCAAUCCUCCUGUGGAUGUUCGGUGAGAAACUCCGAAAGAGAAGUUCUCUCGCCGCCAAGGGUCCCCCAGGCGGCCCAGGGGGUCCAGGAGGUCCUGGUGGUAAAGGCCCCGGAGGUCCCGGUGGUCCCGGAGGCAAAGGCCCUGGAGGUCCUCCAGGGAAAGGCCCAGGUGGUCCCGGAGGCAAACCAGGAUUUGGUCCUGACGGUACUCCCAUGGGCCCUCCCCCUCCAUUUCCAGGCGGUCCCAGCAAAGGCCCUGGACCGCGAUAA